CCACGGGCCUUGAGGCGGCUUGCAGGGGCCAUGGCAGGCAAGGUGCCGGCUUGGACUUUUGCUACGCAGCUUUUCAAAGGAACAAAGGGACCAGGGGCCGUUGUGGCUGGGGGUCCCCAUUUCUCUAUCCGGUGGCUGCGUUGUCAUUUGCCGGGCCAACAUUAAAGGGUUAUACAGGAGCUGGCCGGCCUUGGCGCGGCUGGGUUGUACUGUGGCUCACCGACCACAGUGAAAACCUGGAGUGUUUCCUCUGAAAGAGGUCCGGCGGCGUGGCUUACUCCUAAGGAAGCGCGCGUUGACUGGGAAGGGGCGUCGUUCGAGGUUGCAAUUACGCGGAGGCCUCUUUCCCCCAGGGGCGUGUCGCUUUGAAGGCUCCGGCGGGCGCGCGUUCCCAAGUGCUGCUUAACGCGCGUCGCGGCCAGCGUUCCAUCGGGUCUCCCGCGCGGCCAGCCGGACAACGCGCUGCCCGCCAUAGGCCGCUCUGCGCUUCGGAAGGCGGAGCAUUGUGACGUCGGGGCUCGCGGGGCGGGGCGCCUGCCCGCGCUAUAAAAGGCCGGGAAGGCGGUCGUCGUUUCGCAGAGCGAGCGUUCGGCGCAGCGGCGGCGGAGCUUAGGAGCGGGCUGGGAACUGGAGCGGGGUUUGUUUCGCCGGGGCAAUCCUGCCGACGGGGCUAUGGAUUUAUUGAGGACUAUCGCUUACCAGCCGGGCAGUACAGCAGCCGGUAGCAGCAGCAGCGGCAAGAUGGGCGAGCAGGCGCUGGGCAAGUCCUGCAAUGGGGAAUCGCGAAGGAAGAAAGCGGCGGAGUCGGCAGCCGAGCAGCACCACCACCACCACCCGCACUCGGCCACCGAGAUCUCUCGGAUUAUUACCGACCCCACCACGGGAAGGCGAUACUGCCGCGGCAAGGUGCUGGGAAAGGUAAAUGCCCGGCGGCGGCGGCGGCGGCGGCAAUGGCAGUUUUAGGGACCCGUCUCGUGGAUCUGUCACUGGUGUGCAGAGCUGGUUGUAACGUUGGGGUGGGGUCGGUGGGGGCGCAUAGAUUCCCACCCAACAUCGAUUUAUUUUGAUUUUGUGUGGGGGUUUUUUGCCAGUGCGUUUUGGCAUUUCUGGCACGCAGGCGCCCUCCCUAAUCUGAGCCUCUCGGUCUGAUCUGCCCCCCCCCCCAUUCUGUACCUGGGGCAACCCAGCCAGAUGGGUGGGGUAUAAAUAAAAUAACAAUUAAUAAUUUAUAAUUAAUAGCAUUCCCCUCCCUCCCGGUCCAUCUAUCGUGCCUUUUCAUUUCCCUUCCUUUGCAAAAUUCCAAAUAUCAAAUAUAUUUGAUAUAUUUGAUCAUCUUCUCAGAAAGAGGGCAUUUUACAUCCAGUGUUCCAUUCAUCUUGAGUCCUUAUGUCCUGCUGGCUUGAUUUGCAGCCCACUGUUUUUAUCGUUUGUGUUUCAUCACCUCUGCGGAUCACUUAUGGCACCUGUCGAAGUAGGCUGUUACCUGUGGAGGCUGGUGCAUGCAUAAGCUGCGAGCCUUAAAGGGCUGCUAAACAAAAGAGGAGAAGGCUCCACACGGAUAGCUGCAUGGAGAGGGAGGGCAGCUAUCCUGUGUGAUUAAUGUACAUGUCAGUCAGCUUUUCUUCUCCCAAUUACAUGCAGCAGAAAACUGUCGGUUGCUGUGCCUUUCAUCUUGAGCGCUUAUGGCAAAAACGGAUAAAUGUGUGUGCAUUGGUCACAAAAUAAGAAUCUGUAGGAGAAUUGCCUGCUUCACACAUGAGGCGGUUGGGGAGGGUUUUGUCCUCUCGCUACAGUUUUAAGCGGCUAGUCCUCAAGCAUUUUAUAGUCAUUUGUCUGUACCUUUGUUGCAUAUUUUUGACCGCUGGUUGAGAGAGCUUGCCUGGGGGGCUCUCUUUAGCAUCCAAGGCUCUGCAUUAAUUUGAUUAGCAAAGAGUGAGAAUUGAGAGCACACUGCAGACUGUCCCUUGGCUGCAAACUGUCACUGGUUUUUUAUUUUGCAGUCAUGGUCCCUUGGUAGUUCUGAUUUUUCCUGCUUGACUUGGGCUCCCUGAAGAGGGAGGCGGAGGGGAGUUUCUCAGCUGUCUCGUCUAAUGUGCUUCUUCUGCUCCGCCUUGUCUCUUCAGGGCGGCUUUGCAAAAUGCUACGAGAUGACGGAUCUGACCACAAACAAAGUCUAUGCUGCAAAGAUCAUUCCUCACAGCCGAGUAGCCAAACCUCAUCAAAGGGAAAAGGUGUGUAUGUGUUGUGACGCUCCUUUCAGGAAUCUCUUUAUGUGCUUGGGUGGCCCUUCCCUUUCUCCCUCUGCAGUGGCUUGCUCGCCUGUAAGCCCUGCCUCUUCCCACGGCCGUGGCAUGUGGAUACUGAGGUGCCAGUAAUAACCUGCUUCUCGUUUGUGUGUGCCCUUUUCUCCUCUUCCAGAUUGAUAAAGAGAUCGAGUUGCACAAGAUGCUCAACCACAGGCACAUUGUGCAGUUCUACCACUACUUUGAGGACAAAGAGAACAUUUACAUUCUGUUGGAGUAUUGCAGCCGAAGGGUGAGCAUCCAUGGGGAGAAAUCCGGUAUUCCCUUACAUGGAAUCGGCCGAUAGUGUAAAAAUGUUUAAUGUGUAAAAGGUAUUGUCCAUAGUUUCUUGAGGCAGCCCUUAAUUCCUUGCCUUUGACCCCCACCCCUCAGCUUUUUUCAUAAUGCUAAUGCUUAUCGUGUGGUUUCAGCUGAGUGACCUUGCCUGUGGGUUUUUCUCUUUUCUUCCUCUCACCAGUCUAUGGCUCACAUAUUGAAAGCAAGGAAGGUGUUGACGGCACCAGAAGUGCGAUACUACCUCAGGCAGAUUGUGUCGGGAUUAAAAUACCUUCACGAACAGGAGAUCUUACACAGAGACCUGAAGCUAGGUAUGUUGAUCUCCCAAGACACUGGGCUUAUAAGAUGUUGAAAGAGCAGUUUCCUUUCUCAUAGACCGAACUGCUGUUUGAAAACUGCAAUUCAUGGGGAUUAAUGAAUAGGAUCAGCUUGUCUGGCAGUGGAGUCUUGGAGUGCUUGAGUAAUAGCGCUAAGCAUUCAUUCAUAAAAACAAAAGCACCAACUAUGUGCUGGCCUUCUUUAGACGCGAGUCAGCACUUGUCUAACACGUCAUGACAUUGAAUUGGACUCACCAUGUUUCCUCUUCCUCUCUGCCUUGCGUCUGCAGGUAAUUUUUUCAUUAACGAUUCUAUGGACUUGAAAGUGGGUGACUUUGGGUUGGCAGCAAGGCUGGAACCGCUGGAGCACAGGAGAAGGUAAGGACCUGAGAAGGAAAGAGGGCAGCAACCUAAAUACAGCAGAACAGCCUUGGGAUUUGUAAUCUCUAGUUAUGUAUAGCAGUGAGAGAUGCUGGCUCUCAUAAUGCGUUUAAAGCAUUGGCUUGCAAGCCAGGAUAUCUGACAGCUGAUCAAUGUUCUUAAUGUCCUUUUUUGUAACAGUUUAGUGGGUCAGCUUCUUCUGCCUGUGAGCAACCCCCAUUAUUUUCAGGCCCAUGCACAUUUAGGUGGGAGUCUUAUAUAGCUAAUGGUGAGUUAUGGUGAGUUGGCACCAUGGGACAUAGGAAGCUUCCUUAUACUGAAUCAGACCACUGGUCUAAGUAAUUCCCUGUUGUCUGCACUGGCUGGCAGCAGCUGUCCAGGGGUUCAUGCAGGGGUUUCACACAGCCUCACCUGGAGAUGCCAGGGAUUAAACUUGGAGCCUUCUGUACGCAAGGCAGAUACAGGCUGUUUGCAUAUAGCAAAGAAUUAAGGUGGAACCUGUACAGUAUUUAAUAAAAACAUAUAGCUUUGGAGGCCAAACUAAUGCUCUAUUUAAAAUGCACUGAUUUGGGAUUGGAUUGCAUUGGUUUCACUAAAGUGUAUGACAAACGUUGAAUUUUUGAGAGAGACUUAACUGUUGUUGAACUGAUAGCUAAUUGUUUUAACUCCUCAUUCACAAUUGUCUUUUUCAGAACCAUCUGUGGCACACCAAAUUACCUCUCCCCAGAAGUUCUGAACAAACAAGGGCAUGGCUGUGAAUCUGACAUUUGGGCCUUGGGCUGUGUCAUGUGAGUAUUUAGCUGGUGUUUGGUCCUGUCUACAACUGUGUAACUAGUGGGUGGGUUUUGCCUUUCUUGAGGUCUUCAAGCAGACCUUCAGCACAUCUCUUUGAGCAACUGCACUGAGCAGCAGGUUAGACUAUGUAACCUACAAGGACCUUACCCAAGUUGCUCUCCUGUGACCUGUAACUAUUCAGAUUACGCAGAAUUCUGGAGAUUUGGCUUAUUUUGCACAAUAAGCUUUGUUUGUGCUAGUUGUAUAUGGGGGCAAAAAACAAUGCAAGGUAUUGUGAAGCCUCACCUUCAGACCUCAUCCCCCCCUUUGAAAUCACAUUAAACACACUCUCCAGUAAUCUCACCAGGAGAUAUUAUUGCAUGUGUGGGCAGUCUUAGACUGAGUCAAACCAGUCUAAGGUCCACCUUCAGCCUAGUGAUGUCAUUUCUAUCUAGUUGGCAGGCUCCUCAAAGGCUUUGGUUGGGAUGACUUCUGCAUGCAGAGUCUUUAACAGUUCCACUCAUGAGCUAUGGGCCUUUCCAGCACCACUUCUCACUCCUUGCAGCCCCAUGAUAUUGGGAUGCUUAAUCUGCAUUGGUUACCAAACCCACACAUCCUUGGGCCUUGCACAGACCUGUGGCAUGUUCUUGAUCUCAGUUCAGCCCCUUCUUACAAAACUUAGCUGACAUAACCUUUUCCAGUACUAGUAAUGGUCAGUGGUGGUGAUGCUUUUGCUUAAAGACUACUUAAAUUGAGGCCCUUCUUAUAAACAUUUUUUUUUAAUUAUUCUUGGCAAUGAUUCAAAUAAUGAAUUGUAUACUUCCUCUUCCAACAGGUAUACAAUGCUACUCGGAAGGCCUCCGUUUGAAACAACCAAUCUGAAGGAAACUUACAGGUGUAUAAGGGAAGCAAGAUAUUCCUUGCCAUCGUCUUUGUUGCCUCCUGCAAAGCACUUGAUUGCAAGCAUGUUGUCGAAAAACCCGGAAGACCGCCCCAGCUUAGAUGACAUUGUUCAACACGACUUCUUCUUGCUGGUUUGUAGCAUUCUUGUUCUUGGUUUGUUUCGCUUCUGUUCAGAGCUACAGCUGACAGCCAGCUGACAGCCCGUUUUUGUACAUCUUGUUUCCUCAGGGCUUCACUCCAGAGAGGCUUCCAGCUAGUUGUUGUCAUACAGUUCCUGACUUCAAUUUGUCAAGCCCGGCUAAGAAUUUCUUCAAGAAGGCAGCUGCAGCUCUCUUCGGGGGCAAGAAGGAAAAAGCAAGAUAUUUUGACACACACAGUAAGCAGAUACAUUCAUACCUGGCUACUAUCUAUGCACUACAGUAGGCAGACAUCAGGCUGGAACGAUCAAUUUCGUUUCUUACUAAGUCAUCAGUGCAAAAGAACACAUCUUUUUUGAGAGGGAAGUCCUUUUUGUUGUUGCUGUAUCAUUAAGUAAUCCAGAAUCCAAAAACUUGCUGAUCUAUCUUAUGAAUCACCCAGAGAUCUACGAGUAGAUCCCAAUCCAUUCUCUGCCCAUCUGUAACAAAUACUUACUGCUGAUCUCUUGCCACCUCUAAAAGCUUCACAUUUUGUGUAUACACGCUGCUAAACUUUUUAAUGCAGAGCUGCUAAAGCACCACUGUUGGUUUUUGAAGCCAGCCUGUUAUUGGCUGCAGUUCCUGGUCUGCCAACUCUUUCUAUAAUAUAAGAUCCAUGUUCAGCUCUGUGAGAUCAGGCCCAUACAAAGGAAGCAACACUCUAGGAAGAGACUGCAUGUCUUGUCAAGGCAGGAAGUAUUGUGUACUAGACAGUCAUGUGCACUUGGAUAGGAAAACCCCCUCUAAAUUUUCUGUGGCUUUCUUCUCCCUUCCAGAUCGGCUUGCUAAAGAAGAUGAAGAAAUAUACAAGCUUAGACAUGACUUGAAAAAGACCUCAAUAACCCAGCAACCCCUGAAACACAGACCAGAGGAGGUAUGUAUUUCGGUUGGUUGGGCUUUUUUUUGUAACAGGGUAGCCUGUAUUGCUGAACACAAGUAAAAACGAGCGGCUAGCGAAAUCCUUGAGAGCUCAGGAAGCUUAGGCGUAAUCUUGUGACAUGGCUGUCAUAGCCUUUGACAUCUGUGCAGGGUCUCUAUGACUCCAGGACUCAUUAGUGCAAAUCAUCCAGCAUCUGUGUGUCUCCAUACUGCAUAAUCCUGAGAUGCUGUCAGCUGCCUCUCCUCUUCCUUAGGAAGACUCUUAGCUCAGGAUAAGCCAGCAGUUCUGAAACUUCAGUUUCAUUUACAAUCUCCAGCAUGUUUGGGAGCUGAAGCAGGCCUGGCGUGUGUGCAGACACAGGCAGAGUGCUGAGACGUAACCAAAUAAAAAUGCAGAACAAACAGCAUGAGAAGCUCUUCCAAGCCUUGUUAAGAAAACAUCUUUCCAGUGUUCUGUUCCAUUGUUCAAGAAAUGGAACCCAGUUUGCAACCAAGAAGAAUUUUGAUUUUUGGUCGUUCAAGUUGCCAAAAGGACAGAACAAGUUUGAAAUCUUCCCCAGUGGUUUAUCACAGCCUCUUCCUAGAUACAUAAGUGAAGGGAAAUCAAAGCUUGCUAUCAUGGGGGAAAUGAAUUCAGGUCCUACCUGCCUUCCACCUCCUGAUGCUAGGUGACCUUGCCUUCCCUGAAAGGGAACUCGAAGGCAGUUUGUGUGGCAUGUACAGUACACACUGCAUCAUUGUGGGCAAUAACAAAAGCCCUUUGCAUGUAUCCUGUUCAUCACAGUGAUAAGCACCUUGCUAGUGAGGCCUAGCUACCAGGGUACCUGCAAAACGGAAUCUGAAACAUGAUCAUGAAUUGCGCAAGAAUCUGUCCUUGAUGGUCCUUAGCAACAACAUGGUAUUUUCUGCCUUUUCAGGAGAUCCAGCCUCCCAGCACCACUGUAGCCAAACCUGGCAUGCUAGCAGAAACCAAACAAAUCGGAGAUGCUAUCCGGAUGAUAGUUCGGGGGACGUUGGGAAGCUGUAGCAGCAGCAGCGAAUGUAAGUAUGAUGCACAUGGCGUUAAGUAGACGGUUCUGUGUUUAGUCUGUACUUCAAGCAAGAAUGUAAGAUUUAAGGCCUGGAAAGAAACAUUCUUCCUCCCAUGUCAAACUGGCCAAGCAAAUAAUCUAGAGUAAAAACCUACAAAUUUGGUUGGCGAGUCUGUGGGACUGUCAUGUCUUCCCUCCCCACAAAGAACUGCAAGAAUUGAUGGGAGUGCAGAUAAAUCCCCAAGCCCUUUUAAAACCUAGUUUUUACAGCUUCUCUUUCUGUUGGGAACUCUGAGAACAUCAUUCUGUACAUUCUGUAGCAGAAAUUGCCAAACCGCCUUUUAGGGUCAUAAUCUGAGAUGAUAGGUCAAUGAAUAAUGUACAGGAGGUAGGCUCAUUGACAUCUCUGCAUGUGGUUUCUGUAACGUUCCCUCCUCUUUGCCCUCACCCAGGCCUUGAAGAUAGUACUAUGGGAAGCGUGGCUGACACUGUGGCUAGAGUGUUGCGCGGCUGUCUGGAGAACAUGCCAGAAUCUGACCACAUUCCCAAAGAACAGCUGGCUGCGUCUUUCCAGUGGGUCACGAAAUGGGUGGACUACUCAAAUAAAUACGGCUUCGGUUACCAGCUGUCGGAUCACACAGUGGGCGUUCUCUUCAACAAUGGUGCUCACAUGAGUCUUCUUCCAGACAAAAAGUAAGUGGCUGGCCCAAUGUACAACAAAGUUGUCACAUGACGCUUUCCUCUUCUGUGUCUACUUGAACUUAAUAUUCUUCUUCUUCUUACCUUCAGAACAGUCCAUUACUAUGCAGAGCUUGGUCAGUGCUCCGUGUUUUCUGCUCCUGAUGCCCCUGAACAGUUCAUCAGUCAAGUAACUGUUUUGAAGUACUUCUCUCACUACAUGGAGGAGAAUCUCAUGGAUGUAAGUGAUGUGGAUGAAAAGGCUUGCAAUCCUUUGCUUGUUAAAAGCCUGUGUGUUGAUGAACUCUGCUCUAACCAAGACUGUGUGUUCUCCUUUUCAGGGAGGAGAUCUGCCCAGUAUAACAGAUGUCCGUAGGCCCAGACUUUACCUCUUACAGUGGUUGAAAUCUGACAAGGCAUUGAUGAUGCUCUUCAAUGAUGGCACCUUCCAGGUAGAGUUUCUUCUCUUUCUUCUCCCUCCGCCCACCCACACAUGCAGCUUGCUCAAAACAUGUAGGGGCUUGUUAUCUGGAAUCAGUGGGGAUUAGAUCUUAAGAUGGCGAGUGUACUAUUUUUACAGUGUGUUAUCAACUUGAUGACAAUAGUAACUUAUCAUAAAUAGUGUUAAUAAGCUAUUCAGCUGACUCCAUGAAAGAUGAGGAGCCCAAUGGCUUGAAGGGCCAAACGUGCUACUUUCACAAAUCCCAAGGCCAAAAGUGAAGUGUACACAGAUGCAAAAUGGGCUUUCUACAAGUUACAUGAUAUUGUGUCAUCUGUAAUACUUGGUUUAUUCUAUUAUGCGGAGGGGGGCCUGUUGGGUUUGGAGCAACAAGACAUCAUAGGCACACUAUGACAGGCAUAGGCAAACUUUUGGGACUAUAACUCCCAUCAUCCCUGACCACUGGUCCUGUUAGCUAGGGAUGAUGGGAGUUGUAGUCCCAAAACAUCUGGAGGGCCAAGUUUGCCUAUGCCUGCACUAGGAUCCAGUGAGAGGUUGGUGAACCUGUGGGCUUCCAGAUGUGGUUAGACUACAGCAGCAAUCCUUUACUAUGACCAUCUUAGCUGGGGCUGAUGGGCAUUUUAGUCAAACACACCUGCAUGGCCACAGGUUAACAGUCUGUGGUUUAACAGAGAUCUUCCAAUACCAGAACCUUCUGUCUUCCUCUGCUCUCAAGCUACCUGAGGUGAUUUUAGUUCUCAAAUUCUGGACACAAGCCUCUACCAACUAAAGAUGAACAAUACCUUUAUUCCUUAAGGGGUGUUUUUGGAUACAUAACAGCUUCAUCCUUUAAAUGUGUUAUGCAGAAGUAAAUUCUGCUUCAAGGAGACUUGCUUCCAAAAUUGCGUUGCCAUUUCAUAAAGUAAGGCUUGCAAUCUUUGUCUUCAAGCAGGUGGUCUUGAUUGAUUAAGACCCUAUUGAGCUUAGUCAGAGAUGCUUUGUCUUUUAGGCAUUUAAUAUUCUGCAGCACAUGAGCAAAGGCUUUUUUAUGCUUGUAAUCUAAGCUGUAAAGGAAGGCUCUGUCCACAAAAUACUUGCAGAGCACUGCCAAAAACUGAAAGCAGUGCCAUGAAUGUGCAUUGAGAGGUUGGAACAAUUGCAUUAAACAGCACCUCUUAAUUCCUUGGCAGGUGAACUUCUACCAUGACCACACAAAAAUCAUCAUAUGCAACCAAAAUGAGGAAUAUUUGCUUACUUAUAUCAAUGAAGAUAGGCUAUCGACAACGUUUCGCUUGACGACCCUUCUGAUGUCUGGGUGUUCCCUGGAUCUAAAGCAGCGAAUGGAAUAUGCGUUGAAUAUGCUGUUGCAAAGAUGCAAUUAAAUUAAAAAGAACUCUUCUAAAACCAAAAGGACUUCUCUCACUGAAGUCUACAGUGGAGGCAGUUGGAAAAAGCUAGUAUGUUGAUGGAUGAGUGAGGAGUAGGGACUGGUACGAACAAAUAUCUUAUGUGCUGGGCUGGUACCAGACAUGGAGCCUACUGCAGCCGUCUUUGGUGGAUUAAUGGUGUGACAAGGAAUUCUUUUGGAGUGUAGCUUUCCUUGGUUCACUCCCUUUUGAAAGAUAUGAGUUGGACUUGAAGCUCUGCAGAGAACAGUUCUGAUGGAGGACUUUAAAACUGUGAAUAACACUUGAGGAAUUGGGAGGGAGGGCGAUCUCAUUGUUGUCGAAUAACUAUUUGGGGCAGCUUGUGGCUGCUUAACUGUGAACUAUGGCCAUACAUUUUUUCUUAUUUCUUCCAAGAACUGAUCACACUUGUGGCUGGCAAAGUGCAUUCCUUGUUAAUAUUUUUUUUUAUUUAUUACAGCCUAAAGUGAAGUAUUUAUUACAUACAUUUUUUUGCAACCGUGAUUUUAAAUAUACAUUUGUUGGCAAUAAAGAGUGGGAAAAACCUG